AUUUGCGGCAAAACCUAUCCUUAAGUUAAACAGUCUUAUUAUUGUCGUGGCCGUGUGAAGUUAUAUAUAGUCGAUGCUUGUUAUUAAUUUAUUAUUGCGUUAAUUGUUAAAUAUUGAAACAGCAUGUCCACGGAAGUCUACUACAAACAAUGUGCGCCAUCUAUUGGCUUCGAUGAGAAUGGAAAGAUCGAUGAUGUUGAAGAAGCAAAAGCAUUAGUGGCCAAAAGUACAGCGGCCAUUGGUAUAUUAUGUAAAGACGGCGUGGUAUUGGCCGUUGAGAAUUCAGUUAGAAAUCCGUUACAUAUCAAAAAACCGUUAUCACGAAUAUUUAAAGUAGACAACAGUAUUGGCAUGGUUGUUGUGGGAAAUUUGCCCGAUGGUCGUGCACUGUUGGACAAAGCUAAGGAGAAUGCACGCAAUUAUUACCAAAGUAGAAAACAGCAUAUCUCAUUGGAGGAGUUGAUCGAAAAUCUUGGCGAAUACUUACAUAAUUAUACAAAUAAUGCUUUUGUACGUCCAUUUGGCGUAUCGGUUAUACUAUGUGGCUGGAACAAGGAUAAUGGCUACCAAUUGUAUAAACUUGAACCGUGUGGUGACUUUUACAGCUACUUUGCAUGCGUAGCUGGUAAAAGUGAGCAUAUAAUGUUUGAAAACGAAAUGCAAGACUUUGACCCGGAAACAAUGGUAGUAUCAUCUGCUGUGAUAAAAGCCAAAGAAAUGAUAAAGAAGCAAUCUCGUGACUAUCCAUUCUAUCGAUCCAUGGAACUAUGCAUUCUAGGGGAAGGAAACCUGGAAAUUAUGAGCGAACAAUUUUAGUUGUCUUAAUAUUUUUCUAUAAAUUUAAAAAAAUUUAAUUGCAUAUUCUAAACUCAACAGCAUUUUUUGGAACAGCAUUUAUGAACUGCCAAUUCAGCAGGGUUGUGAGAAAGUAAACUUUUUAAAACUUAUAUACACAUUUAUGAGCAUAUUUAUAUGUAUAAUGUAGACAUAUUCAGUUAUUGCAUACAUAUUUUAAAAAAUGUAUUCGAUUCAAGAGUAGUGAAUCGCUCAAACAACUGGUAUAAGUAAACUGGCAUAAUCAAAUUGAAGCGGUUAUACCAGUAUAAUUUUUAAUUUUUAUGUUGAACCGAAUCGUAAAAUUUUGUUGUUAUGAAUAUUGGCGAAAUGAAGACGGCUAGAAUUAAUACUCAGGAAUAACAAAUCGAACAACUAUGCCAAACGCAUUUGUGUAGUGAUAAAAUGCUGUCAGUAACUUAACCUCAUUUUUAUACUCUCGCAACAUGUUACAAAGCUAGUAUUACAGUUUUAUUCAUAUAACGGUUGUUUGUAAGUCAUAAAACUAAACGAGUUAGAUAUAGGGUAUAUAUGUAUAACCAAAAUGAUCAGGAUGUCGAGUAGAGUUGAACAACAGAUGUCUGUCUGUCCGUGCAACGGAUAACUUGAGUAAAAAUUAAGAUAUCUUGACGAAACUUGGUACACAUAUUCCUUGGAGCUGUGCGAGGGUUGCUUUUGAAAAAUGACGAAAUUGGACCACGCCCACAAAAUGGCGAAAACCGAAAACAUAUAAAGUGCCAUAACUAAGCCAUAAAUAAAGAAAUUAAAGUAGUAGUUAUUUGGUAGAGGGGGUCACAAUAGGAAAGGUUAUAUUGGGAUGUCUUUUGUUAAGUGGGCGUGGCCCUCCCCAAGAGGUUUUUUGUAUCUAUCUCGCAAAUCACUCCAGCUAUAUAAACCAAACUUUCAGCAGGUUUAAACAAACAGUUCAAAAGUUAUAAUUUUUUACACACUUUUCCAUAUAUAUGUAUGUACUUCCCGAUUCUUGCGUGGGUUCAUUUUAACCCUAGACGGUCAUCCUUCGUCAAAAUGACUACGAACUAUUUUAUUUUCACUGUAAAUAUGUUUUUAAUUGUUCGUGUUGAUCGUGUUUUAAGUUAAAAGAAUAUAAGUUUUCCUUUUUAUUUUUGACUUGUAUUUAUUAAUAAUGAAAUAAAUAAAUAAAAACAAUAAAACGCGUUCAUUAUUUCGAUUCACACCCUACUCAAAAUGGAUUUGAAAUAAGUCGUCGUCAUAUUGACGAAGGAUGACGUUAAUGUUCAAAAAAAAGGAUGACCGUCCAGGGUUAAAAAAGUAAAAUGAGGAAAAUUCGAAUAUGAAAUAUAUUUCUAUUUGCAAUGAGCUAAAACUUGAUUACGACCUCUAAUCUUUGGUGUACGUUGUCUUUCUCUCUGAUAAUGAAGACGUUGGGAACGGUCAAAGUUUGAACUUUUAUAUUUCUAAUAUUUUGUUCUUCAAGCCUCUGCAUACGCUCCAUACUCAACUCUCAAGCGCGUACUUGGGAGAUUUUGAAAAUUUGUUUUUUUUUUGUACAGUAAGCAGAUGCGAGCGCUUUUUACUCGGGGUGAAUUUAGUUUUCCAAUGGUGAAAGGACUUUUGAAAUAGGCACAGUAGUUUUAUAUGUAUUAGUGUGUCUCUGUACCAAAAAUGGUUAAAAUCGGGUCAAAACUUCCCCUAGGUCCCAUACCUAAUUAUAGGUUUUUCAAAAAAACGGUAUAUACCUAUAAACCGGUUAAUAUGUGAAAUAUCUUAGCCAAAUUAAGUGAGCGUACAAUCUUGGAUAUAGUUUACCUUGUUGGAAAAAAUUAUGGAAUUAGUGAUAACUUCGGAAGAGAAGCGAAACCAUGUUUAUAAAUAAAAAAAUAUUUUAUAUUAUUCAUAUAUGUAUAUG